CUUUAUUUUUUAAACAUGAAAAUUGUGUAAGGAGUCUGAUUGCUCAUCCCCUCCCUCCAAAAGUCCCAAAUGGCUUCAGUUUGUGGUGCAGCAAAAACCUUCUCUUGUUUGUUUUACCUUUUAUUAUUAUUUAGCUUCUCCUCUUCGACUUCUUCAGAUUCAGGAAAAGUCUCCUUGGGAUUAUACUAUGAAUCCCUGUGUCCUUACAGCGCCAAUUUCAUUGUCAAUGAUCUGAUUGAGCUCUUUGAAGAUGAUGAGCUCUUUUCCAUUGUAGAUCUCUACCUCUCCCCUUGGGGUAAUGCCAGACUCAACGGCAAUGACUCCUUCGUUUGCCAGCAUGGUCCUUUCGAAUGCCAUUUGAAUACCGUGGAAGCUUGUGCAAUUCAUGUUUGGCCUCAGUUGGAGGAUCAUUUUCGUUUCAUCCAUUGCAUUGAGUCUCUGGUGUAUGAGCGCAAAUACCCCCAAUGGGAAUCAUGCUUUGAGACAUUGGGUUUGGACCCAAAACCCAUAGCUGAUUGCUACAGUAGUGGAUAUGGCAAAGAGCUUGAAUUACAAUAUGCAGCUGAAACAAAUGCCCUGCAGCCUCCUCAUCGAUAUGUGCCUUGGGUAGUGGUGGAUGGGCAACCACUUUAUGAGGACUAUGAAAAUUUUAUAAGCUACAUCUGCAAGGCCUACAACGGCACUGCUGUACCCAAAGCUUGCAGCGACGAAUCUCGUAAUGCAAUCCAGAGGGGUAAAGCAAGACCAAAGAUUCCAGUUUGCUAUAAGGAGAGAGAGAUGUCAACUGUAUCGGAACAAAUAAUAUCUGCCAUAUCAUUGUGGAUGAAGCGGACGAUCGGGGAUGCUUCAUUAUAGAUGCUUCUAAAGUCUAAUUACUGGUGCUGGGAUCGAGUGAUUGUUGGUUUCCUAGUCGUUAAAUUUGCUGAAUGCAGUUAAAAAUGUAAUAUAAAAUCUGCUUCUCUGUAGUCUGAGUUAAUAAAUUUCUUUUUAGAAUUCAACAUCAUCUCUAAUUGUGGCUGAAGUUUAUUUCACUAUCCCAAUAAAUGCAGAACUCAACAGCAUGAUACCUUGAGUAAUUCCUGUAACAUAUUCAAUUAUACAUGAAAUGCACUUGGAGAUGCUUUCCUACCUAAA